UUACAAUACGGAAGCACGUGUCGUUAUAUGAAGUUAACAAAACAUUCCAUCGACAGAAAGGAGAUAUAAUCCAUUUUGAGUGAGCAGAGACAGACAGGCACUUUUAAUAACUAUUCGCACAUGACGAACAGAUUUAUCAAGCUUACUGCAUGAUCAUUUUAUGAAAUGGUCUGAAAUUUGAAAAAUAAAAACUUUAAAGCUACGGGAUUGUAUAUGUAUUAGGGCGUUACAUUGCAUUCUCUUUUGUUUUUAAUGUAGUUUUAAAAUUUUUGCGUCAUGGAGCAACUACGAGUCAUUUGACAUCCUUCCUCGUUCCUCCGUAUGCAAAUGAUCCAUCGCUUGGUAUUUUCAGAUGCACUGUGACGGGAUUCACUCAUUCAGAAAUGAGACUGAUCAACACUGCUCUGCUCUUCCUCCUCCUCAUCCUCAGCUGUAAGGCACUGGGGCUCAAACCACAGCUCUUAGGCAGACACACAGCCCAAACCAACUCUCAGCACACAUCUGUCUCGUACAAAACUUUCUAUUUUGAUCAACAGAUUGACCAUUUUGGCUUUUUGGAGAAUGGCACAUUCAAACAGAGGUAUCUUCUUAAUGACCAGCACUGGCACAAGGAAGGAGGCCCAAUCCUGUUUUACACGGGCAAUGAAGGAGACAUCACAUGGUUCUGUAACAACACUGGUUUCAUGUGGGAUGUAGCAGAAGAUCUGGGAGCCUUGCUGGUUUUUGCUGAACAUCGCUACUAUGGAGAAUCCAUGCCGUUUGGCGAAGAGUCUUACAGCAAUGCAAAGUAUCUGAACUACCUGACCUCAGAACAGGCUUUAGCUGACUUUGCAGUGCUCAUCAAAGCUCUGAAAAAAACCCUGCCUGGAGCUCAGAAGAGUUCAGUCAUCGCCAUUGGCGGCUCCUACGGCGGGAUGCUGGCGGCCUGGCUGAGGAUGAAGUAUCCCAGUGCAGUUGUAGGCUUUUCUUUUAUAGGUGAGGGUCUGCAGUGGCUGUCUCAGGAGUUUGGACUGUGUAAUCCUUUAAAGACUCCAGACGAAGUGUAUGGCUUCAAGGCUUGGCUGCAGGAAACCUGGGUGAACUUAGCCAUGGUGGAUUAUCCAUAUGAAGCUAACUUCCUCCAACCACUUCCAGCCUGGCCUGUUAAGGUGGUCUGCAAAAAUCUUCAUUUUAAUACCGGCGUAUCAGACAAACAGCUGUUGAAUGGUAUCUCUCAAGCCGUAAGGGUGUACUACAAUUACACGGGAGAUGCAGUCUGUCUCAACACCUCACAAACCGCUACUGGGAAUCUGGGCUUCCUUGGUUGGUUCUACCAGAGCUGUACAGAGAUGGUAAUGCCAAUCUGCACAGACGGCGUCGCUGACAUGUUUGAGCCACAGCCAUGGAACUUCCAGGCUUUCUCCGACGAGUGCUACAACCAGUUUAGAGUGCGGCCACGGGAAGACUGGGCAGAAAUUGUGUACGGUGGGAGAAACAUAAGUGCUCACAGCAACAUCAUCUUCAGUAAUGGAAAUCUUGAUCCAUGGAUGAGCGGUGGAGUGACCAGAAGUCUUUCAGAAUCUCUGGUUGCCAUUAUGAUCGAUGGAGGUGCUCACCACCUCGAUCUGCGCUACAACAGCGAGUUUGACCCAGAGUCAGUUAUCAAAACACGGGCGCUAGAAGUACGCUACUUCAAGCAGUGGAUCAAACAGGCAGCAACUACCCAAUGAUAUGGAAUCAAGAUCACUGAAAUGAAACAAAGACAGUAAGAGAAACAAAAUGAACUAUGUCUGUUUGCUAUGUGCCAAAGUUAGUGGUUUCUUCCUUGGUACUUAACUGAAAAAAAGCUUUUUUGGGGUCAUGGUUGUUUUAGGGUUUUUUGGUGCAAAACAAGAAUGUUCAGUAGGUUUUUCUAAGAAAAUUGAGGAACUGAAAGUGACAGAAAACACCAAAUGCAAAACCACUCAGGAGAAGUGUCCUUUGCCAAAGUCUCAAUGUUUAAUUGUAGCUAUAAAAAUCAUACGUUCACAGCUAUGGUUUUUAACUAAAGUAUGCUACAUUUUAAAGGGGAUAGUUCACCAGAAAUUAAAAUUCUCUCAUUUAUUUA